AUGAAUAGUAGUACUAUUGCAAAGAAAAUGGUGAUGAAACCAGCGAUGAUGUUAAUUCUGCUAUCGAUUAAUUACUUAAUUAACGAUAUAUGUGCAUCCUCAAAUCAUGACGUGAUCAAUCACAAAGAUCAAGACGGCGAUGAUCUGAUUUCUGUUAAUAAACGUGGAGGCGGCGGCGGUGCUCAUGCAGGCGGAGGGGGAGAAGGUGCUCAUUCAGGUGGAGGUGGCACGGAUACCGCUGGUGCAGUGAUUCCUGCGUAUGCAGCUGCAGGUGGGGGCAAUACUCCGGCUCGAAAUCAUCACAACACCGCCGGUAGCCUCAACAAGGCUUCUGUUUCCCGACUGGCUUUUUGUCUUUUGGGCUUAGUCGAUCUUUUGUACGUAUAG